AAGGUACCAAGUUUAGUAAUACUGUAAUGUAUAUCUAAUUAUUGUAUCUUCUAUUUACUGAUUGUUUAGGAGAGUCCCUGUCACACGUAGGGAGACGGAGGUGAUAAAUCCUGACGAGACGUAUUUUAAUGAGGAGACGCAGAAUAAACGCUCUCCAGGUGAUUGGAGGAAACAGGACAGUGGUGCAAGGACGUACAGUUACAUUCAACUGCGAACUUGUUGACACCACAGAGACUGUCAACCAGAUUUCAUGGCAGAGGACGACCAGAGUUAAAACAGAUAAUUUUUUCUUGACUGUUCGGAAAAUAAAUGGACCAGAGUAUGUGAAUGGACGUGAUGAUCGAAUUAAGUUCAUUGGGAGCUUCAAUGAGCUUAAUGGAUCUUUCCAGAUAUCCAGUGUCUCAUUGCAGGAUGAAGGCAUCUACACUUGCAUCUUCACUUUGUUCCCCAGCGGAACUCACAACACACACAUACAUCUGGAUGUGCUCGUGCCUCCUGUCAUACGUGUGGAGGAUAACCUUCCUACUUUGGCUGAUAAGGAAGUUUGCAUUGCCACCUGCACGGCUGCUGGUUCCAAGCCUCCGGCAAACGUGAGCUGGCUCACAGAUAGCUUAGCAGACAACUUGAGGGAAACAGCCAACUCCACGCAUCAUGAUGAUGGCAAGACUACAACAGUCAGCUACCUGUUUGGAGUACCUGCCAUGGAAAUCGACCAACAGGUGGUCCACUGUGUCAUCACCAGUCCAGCCCUGUCGAAGGAGGCAAAGGUUCCCUUUACUAUACAAGUUUACUUUGCGCCUAAGGAAGUGAAAAUUGGUGCAAAUCUCAAAGAAGACUCAUUUCAAUGUGAGACUGAUUCCAAACCCAAACCAGAAUUUAACUGGACCAGAGUUGGCAAAGCGUGGCCUCAGUCUGGUGUCAGAGUAGAGGGUGGAACGCUGCAGUUUCUGACCAGGAGCUCUGACCUGAAUGGCCUCUACCAGUGUACCGCAUUUAACCCAUAUGGAAGAAGCAUUGUUUACAUCUUCAGAUCUGUGAUUUCAGAACCCUGUGUUGUCUGUUGGAUCUUAUUUGCAAUUCUGAUCGUCCUUAUCGUAGCGGCAGCAGUGUGGCAUCUUUAUAAAUCUGGCAAACUACCAUUUUUCCUGGUCACACGUAGGGAGGCGGAAAUGACAAAUCCUGAGGAGACGGCUUUUAAAGAGGACCGUCGAGAAGCAGAAUAAACGGGAGCAUGACACACACCUCUGCUACACACGUGUUCGUCCAGUGAACUGGUGCAACAGCUCAGGUGCAUCAGUUAAAGGGAUAGUUGACCCCAAAUUAGAAAUUCACUCACUUGAUGGACGGGUGGGUGUUCACAAAACUUUUUUGGAGUGCCAGUUGUUUGUGGAGGAUCAUGCAGCACGUUCACACAUACACACGGAACCAGGUUACACAAAAUAAUCAGAAGAAGCCACAAUUGAAUAUUGAAUUUCUAUACGUACACUGUAGUUACGUAGAUAAUUUUUUCCUUGUCCGUUUUUUAUAUGAUUAGAAAUGGAGUUAUAUACUUAAAAGACAUAAAAAACUGAAUCUAUAUGAAAACUAGGUAUAACCUGGUUCUGCAUGUAAACAAACUUACUGAAGAUUUGUGAGAAAUUUGAAGUGCAAACUUAAAGUGAUAAAAGUACUAAAUACACAAGUUUCAAGUUGAGGCUAUAAAACGAACACAAAUUGAAUCAUACGAAGGUAAAAACCAGAGAAAUUAAAAAUAAGAGUGUGUCACAACAUAAUUGUGUAAAAUAAUUACGCUUGACUUGAAUAGAACUCAACUGAAGCUGAGUGAGAGUAUUGUAUUUACCUCAAACGGUUACGUAUUUCACUGGAUAUUUUUUGGAUCUGUCAGGACAAGGCAGUGUGGAACAAUCUUUCAAUACGUUUCCAAUCAAACAGUUGCUUGUUCGAGUACCUCAACUGAAGUUAGACUGAAGUCAACAGUGAUUUUCUGUGUAACAUCACUACAAAGAAGAGAAAAAAGGAUAAGAUGAAGUCUUUACAAUUCUGCUGAAUGAUCUGAGAAAGAAAUGCAACACCUGCUCAUAAAUGCAUCAACGCAUGUUAGCUGGGUACAGAACAACCUCUCCCUCUCUUGCCAAAUAAAAUAUGAAGGUGUUCUCCAUCUUAAGUUUGCAUGUUAGCAAUUGAUAGUUAUCAGUUUCAUUAUUUAUAUUUAUGACAUUUCACCAUUUUCCACUCGUUAAACGUUCCUUCUGGGGGGAUUCUGUGGGUUGUUACUUUUCAUCCAGGUAAACCAGUAGGUCAUUAAACACUUAGAUUAAAGGAUUCAUCAUCUGGGCAGCUUUUGAGUUUCUAAAUAGUUUUAGUCUUUAGUCAUCAUGUUUUUUAUUCUAUUAACUUCUUUUUGUUUUGCUAGCCUAUUUAUUCUUUCUUACUUAUUUAAACUUUAAAUCUUUGUUCAUGACUAAUCAGAAGUGUACGUCUUGAUUUUGAAACUAAAGUUAUUUCAGUCCACAGGAGCAUUUUAGCUCUGCGUCCUUAAUAAUCCUCAGCAACAUUUAGUUUAGAUAAACAAAAACUCUGUAUUAGUGUGGACGACAGAUGUAAACAUAGCGGAAGGAUGCUUUAAUACAAACGUAGUAGUGUGGAUUUAACCUAUGAUAAUGUGUCCUGUAAGUUUAAAGUGAGGGGGAUUGUAAACUAUUGCUUCUCUUUUUUGUAUUCUUUAUUCAGCAAAGUAACCAAAUUUUGUCUUUCUUUUCGCUUUUUAAAGACUGAAAACAUUGAUGCAUAGUGUGCUUUGUUUAUGUUUGUGUUAUUUUAAAGGAAUCAGAGAAACCCUUGCAAUGACAGGCUGAAAUGUUUUUUGCGUGUUCUGUGCUUUAACAUUUAACACUGAACCCUUGCGUGUAUUAAAGUUACAGUAUAUCUCUUGUUAACUAAAGCACUUGUUGGGAUUACUGUAGUUUGCAUUUAUAUUACAAUAAAGGCGAGAUUAGCAUUACAA